GAUCCGCCAUAAUAGAAAAGAAGAAGAAACCUGAAUACGCUAAGCUAGAAAACUGCUGCUUUGUCUCAUCUGAGCUAAUAUUUCAGCAACCAUGUCUUCAGUUCAGCAUCUCAGAGAGUUUAUCAGAGAGCGACUAACUGCUGCUGCUCAAGAAAUCUUCACAGAGGUUGAAAAAACCAUCAUUUGCUACGAGGAAGAGCUCGAUGCUCAGCGCAGGAUGAUGGGGAUCGACUGGAAACCACAAAUUAAGCUACACAGAGUCGGUUCGGAGCUGCAGAGACAAAGUUCUGACCUCCAACAGCCAAGUGUCUCCUAUGAGGAAGAAGAUUCUGCCAUCCAACAAGUCUGGAGCCUGGCAAGUAGGUCCAGUCAGGACCAGAAAAAACAUCAGUGGACUGAAGAGGAACAGAUAGAACCAGGAACAAAUUGGAUUAAAAUAGAAGAGGAGGAACCAGAACCUGCACUGCUCAAACACGAGGAAAUAGAAUAUCCACUAACAUACAUUAAAAAAGAGGAGCUAGAUUCUUCAGUGCUUCAACAUGAACAGCAGCCACCAGAACAUUUACCAACUGGACAGGACCAGAAGGACCUCUGCAGCAGUCAGGAGGGAGAGCAGCUUGUCCAGAAGCAGUUUGUUGCUUUGAUUGAGACUUCUACUCUUCAGGAAGAUGAUAUGAGUGAAGAAGAGACAAGAACAGAGCAGCUUUCCCUUCAUAUCUCUCCAGUGGUUGAGAGCAAAGAUCAGGAAGGAAGCAGCUCCUCUGUGUCAGAGAGUCAGUCUGAUACCGGCACAAAGAAAAGACCUUUCAAAUGUGACAUUUGUGGGAGACGUUACACGCAACACUGUAACUUGAAAAACCAUUACAGAACCCACACUGACCUCCAACAGCCAAGUGUCUCCAAUGAGGAAAAAGCUUCUGCCAUCCAACAAGUCUGGAGCCUGGCAAGUAGGUCCAGUCAGGACCAGACAGAAGCAGAACAUCAGUGGACUGAAGAGGAACAGAUGGAACCAGGACCUAAAUGGAUUAAAAGAGAAGAGGAGGAACCAGAACCUACACUGUUUAAACAUGAGGAAAUAGAAUAUCCACUAACAUAUGUAAGAAAAGAGGAGCUAGAUUCUUCAGUGCUUCAACAUGAACAGCAGCCACCAGAACAUUUACCAACUGGACAGGACCAGAAGGACCUCUGCAGCAGUCAGGAGGGAGAGCAGCUUGUCCAGAAGCAGUUUGUUGCUUUGAUUGAGACUUCUACUCUUCAGGGAGAUGAUAUGAGUGAAGAAGAGACAAGAACAGAGCAGCUUUCCCUUCGUGUCUCUCCAGUGGUUGAGAGCAAAGAUCAGGAAGGAAGCAGCUGCUCUGUGUCAGAGAGUCAGUCUGAUACUGGCACAAAGAAAAGAUCUUUCAAAUGUGACAUUUGUGGAAUAUGUUACACACAAAAGAAGAAGUUGAAAAACCAUUACAGAACCCACACUGUUGAGAGACUUUUUUCAUGUGAAACAUGCGGAAAAGGUUUCACUGGAAUAAGUAAUUUAAAAGUGCACAAGAGAAUUCAUACAGGUGAGAAGCCUUUUUCAUGUCAGUCAUGCGGAAAGAGUUUCUCUCAAAUUGGUAGUUUAAAUCUCCACAAGAGAAUUCAUACAGGUGAGAAGCCUUUUUCAUGCCAAAUAUGUGGAAAGAGUUUCCGUGCAAUUAGUCACUUAAAUGUCCACAAGAGAAUUCAUACUGGUGAAAGACCUUUUUCAUGCCAAACAUGCGGAAAAAGUUUCUCGCGAAUGAGUCACUUAAAUCAUCACAAGAAAACUCAUACAAACGAGAAGCCUUUUUCAUGCCAGUUUUGUGAAAAAAGCUUCUAUCGAAAGGAUAAGUUGACCAAUCACAUGAAAACGCAUACGGGGGGCCGCUUUGAAGCCAAAUCUGUAAAACAAAAAAGUUAUUUGUAAUUGAUUACUUAAUUAUUCUCAUUAGAAUCCAUAUGUAGGAGUUGGGAUUUCCACAUGAAAUAUGGAGGGAAAAAAAAAGAGUUCUUUUAUACUGGUAAACUGAAUUUCCACAUGAAAUAAAUACACAAAAAUGAGAAUUAGUCAUUUAACUCGCACAGAUUUAGUAUAAGAAAUAUUAAAUAUUU